AGAGGGAUAUAUUCAGUGGUGUAAGGUGUAUCCUCACAUUGGUUCACUGACACAGUAUGGAGGGUCAGCCCAGGCGCUCGUCUCUCAUGCUGGUGCUGCUGCUGCUGGCGGCCGCCGUGGCUGGCUCUUCAGACUGGGACUACAGCCAGGGCGAACAUGGUCCCGAGCACUGGGCCGACCACUACCCGGCGUGCGGGGGCUCCAGGCAGUCUCCCAUCAACAUCACCUCCAAGGAUGCCCUAGGAAACAAACCCUGGCCCAGCCUUCGCUUCCACAACUACGACCAUGUCCCCGACACCAUGACCAUCACCAACAACGGCCACUCAGUACAAGUGUCGUCACCGGACCUGGUAGCAUCCAUCAGUGGAGGGGAGUUGAGUGGUGAAUAUAUAUUCUCCCAGUUCCACCUGCACUGGGGCAAGGCCGACCUCGAGGAGGGAUCGGAACACCUCGUUGACGGGCAGGGGUCGAGCAGCGAGCUCCACCUGGUGCACUUCAAGGGUGAGUACGGCAGUGUACAGGAGGCCCUUAACCAUCCGGACGGUCUGGCUGUGUUGGGGGUGAUGCUCCAACAUCACACGCAAGACAACACGAACCUCGACAAGGUCGUGGCCGGACUGGCUGACGUGACGGAACCCGGUUCCACCGCCAGCAUCGCAACCUUCGCGUUACAAGACGUCCUUCCAGGCAACGUUGAUAAGUUCUACAGGUACGACGGCUCCCUCACUACACCUGGCUGCGCUGAAGCUGUCAUCUGGACCGUCUUCAAGCAUCCAAUCACCGUCUCCAGUGCUCAGCUGAAGCAGUUUAGAACCUUGAACUUCCCAGAUGGAGAGCCAAUGGUGGACAACUUCCGGCCAGUGCAACCAUUGAAUGGUCGCAAGUGUACUCACCUGCUGCUAGAAAGAUAUAUUAGAGAGAAGACGUACCCCACAAGGUAUCAUCACUCCCUCAGUAUGCAGAGUCAACACAAGCUCUCACCUGCCCUCUCCAUCUUGCUCUUCUUGAUGGGGGCGGCUGUUGUUGUUGGGUACUCAGAGGGGCGGUACCCAGCACCAACGUCCUCAGACUGGAGCUACGAGGGCGACACUGGUCCCAGCCACUGGGCCGAGCAUUACCCUGAGUGUGGGGGCAGCAGGCAGUCUCCCAUCAACAUCGAAUCCUGGGCGGCUUUGGGAGACGAGCCCUUUACUCCUUUCAAAUUUCACGGUUACGCCACUAUACCAGACUCCAUGACCAUCACAAACACCGGCCACUCAGCACAAGUGUCGUCAUCGGACUUGGAGGCAUCCAUCGAUGGCGGGGGGCUGUAUGGGGAAUACGUUUUCGCGCAAUUUCAUUUCCAUUGGGGCAGCAACGACUUCACCGGAGGCUCCGAGCACACCAUAGAUUGGGUGAGGUGGGCCAGCGAGCUCCACUUGGUCCACUACAAGCGGGAGUACGGGGGUAUGGACGAGGCUGUGAAGUAUCCUGACGGAGUGGUGGUGCUAGGCGUUCUGCUCGACCUCAGCCAGAGCGACAACCCGAACCUGGACAAGCUUGUGAAGGGGCUGCCUAGUGUGAAGGAACCCGAUUCCAGCGCGACCAUUGUCCCCUUUGCCCUAGAAGACCUCCUUCCACGCGACGUUGAGGCGUUCUACAGGUACGACGGCUCCCUCACUACACCAGGCUGCUCCGAAGCUGUCAUCUGGACCGUCUUCAAGCAACCAAUCACCGUCUCCAGUGCUCAGUUGGACGAGUUCAGACAGCUGAUUUUCCCUGAUGGUCAGCCAAUGAUGGACAACUUCCGCCCGACUCAGCCCCUGAAUGGUCGCGAGGUCUACACGGGCCAGGUAGACGGCUACCUGUAAACCUUCUUUCCCAAAGUGGUUGUGGAAUACACCUAGAUGACAGCGUGUGUGUGUGUGUUUAGACUGACAAAUGGACGGAUAAAACAAGAUCAUGUGUACUACACACCAUAACUUUACGCUACUCUGUAUUGCCCUGUGUAAGUUUCUUUGUUACAAUGUGCAUUGUUCCGUACACACAGCCAUACGAGUACUACGGGCUCACCAUAGCCCGUGCUACUUGGAACUUUUUGUUCCUGGUAGCGAAUCUUCAACAACAACAACAUACGAGUACACACUCAUCUUCGCUCUAUACACUCACCAAGACAUGAUCACAUGUUCUCUACACCCCUCAUCCAACACCCCCUAACUCCCUCAUGUUCUCUACACCUAUAUCCACUUCUCUCGUAAUUGUCGACACAUAUAUAAACCCCCUUAAACACAUAUCUCUAUGACCAUUUGGUCACCAUUUGGUCCGGGAGACAUCUCCCGUCACGCAGGGUGCAGUCGCGCCUCCACAGAUCUCCAGUAUCAGCUCUUGAUACUGGUAAUGGCUCAAAAGGGCCACCACUUACGGGCUAUUCAUGCCCGUGCCACCUCUUGGGUGGCUUAAUCUUUAUCAAUCAAUCAUAUCUCUACAUAUGACUACCUUUGCACGCCCUCAAUCCAUCCUUGCUGCCACAACCAGGGAUUAGCAUUUAUGUCCUAAACAACAACUUUAUCCUUGAAUCAAUACUCCCGACCACAUAUAAUUUAACUUUAAUUACUUUACAAAGUGAGGGAACAAAGUGCCUGCAUAUGGUGACAAGACACUGGACUGUUGUGUCUAGCACCACACUAUAGACUCUCUACCCUCUAUGGCAACAAGUGAAUGAGACUGCUGCUUCAUUCACGGCUUCAGGAAGCUUGAACUUCCUUACACGAAGCUUGCACGUGGCAGCUUCGUGCAAGGAGAUGCGAGACGGCUUCAUUGAUCUGAAGAUAUGUAGAAGACGGAAGAAUGCUCACUAUAAACGCGUUGCAGGCAGGUCGCAAAUAAUUGCCAACAUAAUAAAAACAAUCUUCAACAUAGGCAGUCCAGCAACCAGGAGGCCUGGUCGACGACCGGGCCGCGGGGACGCUAAGCCCCGGAAGCACCUCAAGGUAACCUCAAGGUUAAGGUAGGCCUGAUUCAGGCCUAUGCGGAAGGCUUCAUCUUGGACAAGAAUAUCCCCGAAGAACCAUUUUGUCAGGACUCCAAAGAGUCAAACAAUCCGCUAGUCAUCCAUGGUGAUUCUAUCUAAUUAUUGAUUGUAACCCAUUAUUUAUAAUUUAGAAUAAUAUAUUAUAAUGUAAAUCCUUUAUUAUACGUGUAUAUAACUCAUUAAAAUAUCUAAUAACA